ACUGCCGGAUCAAUCUGAACGUUCCCGUUCUCCAAAUAUUUUUUAAUAAUGAAAACACCAGACCAGACUUUCGGCUGAGCAGAGAGUCUCUGGCGGUGCUGCUGGACCUUCUCUGCCAGGAAAGAAGACAUGGAUGGGGGGGCCACAAUAGAGACCUUGGUCUUCCUCUUCUGGCUAGUGAGUGGGGCAUCCUACAGAGUGGUGGCUAGGGUGUUCGGGAUGCCUCGCUCCACAGUUCACCGCAUCGUCCACCGGGUUACUGAGGAGGUGGUGGCCAUCCGCCACCGAGUCAUCUGCCUCCCCAAAACUGCAAAAGACCUGGCAGCAGUAACCCAGGGGUUUGAAGGGCUGGCAGGACACAGAGCUUUUCUCCAAGCUGCUGGAGCGAUCGACGGCUGCCAUGUGAGGAUCAAGCCUCCAAGCGGUCCUGAUGGUCAAUGCUAUCGGAACAGGAAACUGUUCUCCUCCAUCAUUCUGCAGGCAGUUGGUGACCAUCAGGGCCGCUUCAUCGACACGUACGUGGGCUGGCCGGGGUCGGUGCAUGACUCCAGAGUGCUCCGAAACAGUCCAUUGUAUAGGCGGGCCAUCUACCCUCCUCCGGGCCACUUCAUCUUGGCAGAUGGUGGUUACCCGUGUCUCCAACACCCACUCCCCCUCAUCACUCCUUUCAAGCGGCCGGUACAAGGUGUGGGAGCCCUGCGCUUUAAUAGCCAUCAUUCCAGGGCACGCUCCAUCAUACAGCGUGCCUUUGGGAUGAUGAAGACGAGGUUCAGGGCCAUCUUCCUCCAAGCGCUGGAGGUGCACCACACCUUUGUGCCUCAGGUCAUAACGGCAUGUGCUGUCCUGCACAACAUCUGCCUGGGAGCUGGUGACAUCAUGGCCCCAGAGGAUGAAGAGCAGACAUGCCAGAGGACAUGCCAGAGGAUGAGGGGGAGAACGUGUUGGAGGCAGUCAGUGGUGCUCACUGGCGGGACCAGCUUAACAUGGCAGCCGUCGUUUGGGUCAACCCUUCAAACCCUGAUGGACGAUGUGGUGAACAGUGGAGAGAGGCAUCCCCCUCCACCCCCCAGAUGA